AUGGCACUUCCCUACCUUCGCGCCCGCUCCCGAAGCUCUUCGCUAGUCAAGAUGGAAGCUCCGGACCAGGAACCCCCCCUCGGUUUCCAACGUUACCCUCACAACAAGCACCUCGAUCAUGUCGUAGGAUCAACGUUGCGACAACCGUCUCCUCAACCUGUUCACUUGGGGGUCCCGGGUACCCCACACCGAGUCUUAUCGGAGGAGGACCCGGGAUACAUUGCGGCCACCUUUGAGGGCAAGCAGAAGCAGAUGGAGCAGGUGAUGGAUCAGUUGGAGGAAAAGGGCUUCUUUCCUAGUGAUUUUAUUGUCUCCGAAACUACUUGGUUCUACAACAUGCUGGGUAUCGACGAUACCUACUUUCAGACCGAGACAGUCGAUGCCAUCGUGACUCAGAUCCUCUCCCUAUAUGCUGCCAAGGUAGCCGCCUAUGCUCGGGAUGAUAAGCAGCUCGAGAUUCGUCUGGACAAGGAAGCUGAGGACCAUGCCGUCUACAUUGAUACUAGCAAGCCCGGUGUCUCUACGGUCCUCGGUCCUCGCUACGAGCAGCGCAUCGACGAGAAGUAUAUCAACACCUCCAAGGGCCCCAACAGCUACCGUGUCGAGACUUUCCGUUCGCCCACCACUCUUCCCGGCGACAAUGGCCAACAGCUUCGUUGCUACUUCGUAUACAAGUGUCAAUUCGUCAACCCCAACCCUUCCCCGAACGAGACCAACAUUGACAUCAUUGGUGAGAAGCGUUUCUUGCAGAAGGCCACCCCUAAUACCAAGGCUAUCUACCAAGAAAUUAUCACCACUGCGGUCAGCCGAACUGGCCCGGUCAUUGAGAUGUUCGAGAUCGAGGGUAGCCGCGAGAAGCGUCUGGUGAUUGCUUACCGCCAGGGCUCUGCGAUGGGCCUGUUCAGUGCUCUAUCUGAUCUUUACCACUACUACCGCCUGACCAGCUCGCGCAAAUACCUCGAGAACUUCUCUAACGGCAUCACUGUCAUCUCUCUAUACCUGCGUCCCUCGGAUAGCCCCGAGAUUGCGGCUAAGUACCCACCUAUCGAGGCUGCGAUCCACCAGAUCAUGAAGGAGAUCUCUCUCCUUUACUGUAUUCCCCAGAACCGUUUCCAAGGACACUUUGCCACUGGGCGUCUGAGUCUCCAAGAGACCAUCUAUGCUCACUGCGCGUGGGUCUUUGUACAGCAAUUCCUCAACCGUCUGGGUUCUGAAUAUACAUCUCUUUCCGCUCUUCUGGACACCAACAACAGUGUCCAUGCUGAGCUGCUUUCUAAGAUCAAGAAGCGUCUCCGCACAGAAACCUUCACUGCGGACUAUAUCUUUGAGAUCAUCAACAACUACCCCGAGCUCAUCCACAAGCUCUACUUGGACUUUGCCAACACCCACUAUGUACAGACUCAGGGUCCCACUGGUGACGACUUCCUGCCUACACUCAGUUACCUCCGUCUUCAGGUUGAUGAGGUCCUUGAUGGAUCCAAGCUGAAGCAGCUGAUCCGCGGCACCACCAUGAACGAGCACGACGAGAUGGUCAUGACAUCGUUCCGCGUAUUCAACUCUUCCAUCCUCAAGACCAACUUCUUCACCCCUACCAAGGUGGCCUUGAGUUUCCGCCUGAAGCCGGACUUCUUGCCAGAGCACGAGUACCCCCAGCCCCUCUACGGUAUGUUCCUGGUGAUUAGCUCUGAGUUCCGUGGUUUCCACCUUCGCUUCCGAGACAUCGCCCGUGGAGGUAUCCGUAUUGUCAAGAGUCGCAACAAGGAGGCAUACAGCAUCAAUGCUCGUUCACUCUUCGAUGAGAACUAUAACUUGGCGAACACCCAGCAGCGCAAGAACAAGGAUAUUCCCGAAGGCGGUGCCAAGGGUGUGAUUCUCUUGGAUGUCGCUCACCAGGACAAGGCGCGGGUCGCCUUCGAGAAGUACAUCGACAGUAUCUUGGAUCUGCUGUUGCCGCCUGUCAGCCCCGGUAUCAAGGACCCCAUUGUGGAUCUUCAUGGCAAGGAUGAAAUCCUCUUCAUGGGUCCCGAUGAGAACACCGCCGAGCUGGUCGAUUGGGCUACCGAGCAUGCCCGCGCUCGUGGUGCUCCUUGGUGGAAGUCGUUCUUCACUGGUAAGAGUCCCAAGCUGGGUGGUAUUCCCCACGACACAUACGGCAUGACCACCCUCUCGGUGCGCCAGUAUGUUCUCGGAAUCUACCGCAAGCUCAACAUCGAUCCUUCGACCAUUCGCAAGCUCCAGACCGGUGGUCCCGAUGGUGAUCUCGGUUCCAACGAGAUUCUGCUUUCCAAUGAGAAGUAUGCUGCUAUCGUUGAUGGAUCUGGUGUCAUUGUUGACCCCCAGGGUCUCAACCACGAGGAGCUGAUUAGCCUUGCUAAGAGACGUGUCAUGAUCUCCGAGUUUGACCUGACCAAGCUCUCUCCCGAGGGUUACCGCGUCCUGGUCGAUGAGAAAAAUGUCCGUCUGCCCAGCGGCGAGGUCGUCCACAACGGCAUGAUCUUCCGUAACACUUUCCAUCUGCGUUCACAAGAGCAAUUCGAUACCUUCGUGCCUUGCGGUGGACGACCCGAAUCUAUCGAUCUGUCCACUGUCGGCAAGCUCAUCCAGGAUAACAAGUGUGUUGUUCCGUACAUUGUUGAGGGUGCCAACCUGUUCAUCACCCAGGACAGCAAGCUGCGUCUUGAGAAGGCUGGCUGUAUUCUGUUCAAGGAUGCCUCUGCUAACAAGGGUGGUGUGACCUCCUCCUCCCUCGAAGUCCUGGCCUCGCUCUCCUUCAACGAUCCCGAGUUCGUUGCCAACAUGUGUGUUGCUGAGGAUGGUACUGUCCCAGAAUUCUACCAGGCCUACGUUAAGCAGGUCCAGGAGAUUAUCAAGGAGAACGCCACUCUCGAGUUUGAGGCUAUCUGGCGUGAACACGAACAGACUGGUGUCUUGCGCAGUGUUCUGAGUGAUCGUCUUAGCUUGGCUAUUACCAAGUUGGAUGAGGAACUCCAGCAGACUGAGCUUUGGGAUAAUGUUGCUCUCCGUCACUCUGUUCUGGGUGAUGCUUUGCCUCGUUUGCUUUUGGAUAAGAUUGGCCUUGCCACUAUUUUGGAGCGGGUUCCUGAGAACUACCUUCGUGCUAUCUUUGGUAGCCACUUGGCCAGCCGAUUCGUCUAUAAGUAUGGCAACAACCCAAGUCAAUUUUCUUUCUUUGAUUUCAUGACCAAGCGUUUGCAGCAACUCCAAGUGUAG